UAAUUGUGUGCUGUAUUUUCUUUCAGAAAUUACACUGCAUAGACUGCAAUCCAUUCAUUCAAAUACAAGGUUGACAAGCCAUUUGUAGAGCUGCUGAUAGAUCAAUUCAAGGUUUUUCAGAAGAACAAGCAGCUCCAAAACUAAAACUGAAAAGGACCCUCCAUCACUGAGACUGGUGUUCAGCAGCCAUGGACAGACGGACAAUUUAACAAAGAUCUUUUCCAGCACUGUAUUUUUUUCUUUAUGCCUACAGUUUGGCCAAAAAAUUACCAUCAAGUAAUUACAUACAUAGAGAUAGCAAGUUGAAAAAUCAUGAUUUGCUGAGCAGUUUUCAGUGGUAAACUAUUUUGCUGGUUAGAUAAGGAAUGGCGACAGAAUUUGUUGUGGAAUGGACACUUACAAGCUGACGUAACAAAGAUAGUUUAAAGCCACAUAAAAAUAAGAAACUGAAUGCAAUGUAUUACGCUGAAAAAUGUCUUACUUGCUUUAUACAAUGAAUAAAUCUGAAGUACUACAGGCAGAACUCUCAGUUCGAAGUUCAGAAGCGUUCACUCACUUUCAAAGUAAUGUGGAAACACUUUCUGGUGUGUGCUGUACAUUUAGCAUGUUUGCUAAACGCAACAGUAAAGCCCCUUCUAAACAGGAAGUUCUAAAUCUCGUGACUCAGAGUGUUCUGCAACUCCAGAUAUUUCCUAAGUUCCUCUUCCUUUGAGCAGAAUACUUCUCAGAAAGAUACAAGAAAUGGCAUCUGUCAACAAAUUCCAAAAACUGCUGGUGCUGGCACUCGACUGGAUUCUGUACAGUAUUGGUGCUACAGGUAACUGCCAUGUCACUGUAACACAGCCCAGGUUCCAGGAAGCCGAACACUCAGCGCACACUGCGCUCCUAACGUGUGCUUUCUCUGCCCAUGGAUGCUCCCCAUCUCAGCCUCAAGUUCUAUGGUUUCGCUUUUUUACUAACAGACAUGAGGAUCUGUGCACUCCUGAAUGCACGAAUCGCCAGAAGUUCCAAGUGCAUACAUCAUCAGAAAAUAACUACUGGCUUCAAAUCAACAACCUGACUGUAAACGACAGUGCUCUUUAUUUCUGUGGGAUAGCAUUUGCAGAUUCAGGCUCAUCCCAUUCUAAGCAAACAGGAGAUGGAACAGUACUGACAAAAAGAGAGAGGCACAACACUGAAGAGUUCAACUCCAUGAUCAUCAUCUCAACGUUACUGCUGCUAUAUAGCAUUACUGCAUUCACAAUCCUUGCAGCCCACAAGUUAAAACGAAAGCUGCUAAAUAGAAGUGGGAAUGAAGGGCAGAGAACAGAGAACUGUAAAGUCACUAGUGGCCGAAAAAUUUUUCAAGCAAUAGCCCAAGAACUUCAAAAGCAGCGUUAUGCUGAGCACUGCCAGCAGCCUGAUCAUUUGGAGGAUGACACUGUUUAUCAGAACAGAUGAGUAUCUGCUGCGUUUCCAAUUUGUUGGAUAUGUUUGAUGCAACUGAAGGGGCUGAUGAACAAGUGAAGCUUUGUCACAGACUUACUUUCCUUUAAAACGCAAGGAGCAAAGUGUACAGGGCAGUGUUCUUUGAGAGUGCUGAAGAGAUCAUCAAAACCAACAUUAUGUCUGCUACACAUUACUUCCCAUUCCACAAGAACAAAAACAGCGGGAGAAGGCUUCAUCUUUUAGAAGAGAACUGCUAAUGCUUCAUAAAAACUUCCCCUUUCAAUUUAGAUUUAAUUCUACACAUUUUUACAUGAAUGUCAAUGCAUUUCUUAUAUGUGAAUUGUGCAUUUGUGUAAGAUGUACAUGAAUCAACAGCAACAAAAUAAACUCAUUACACAGUG